CCCACACUGAGUUUCUUGGCAGUUGAGGGGCGCGCUACAAACGCCGCCGAACGAGCCUGCCCGCCACCCCGCCCCCAUCAGGAGAUGCGCGUCCGGCUCGCGCUCGCCCUGCUCGCGCCCGCGGCGCGCGCAGGCGCCGGCGAAGGCCACCACAAUCUCAGGGGGGCAGCAGGCCCCCGACCGCCGGCGCGCGUCGUGGCGCCCGUCUUUCCGUGGCCGCCCGACGGAAGUGAACCUGACUGUCGCGACGAGGCCGCCUGGGCGUCCAGCGAGGGCGCGGAUUGUAAUGAAGUGGCCCGCGACGCGGCGGCGCUCUGCCGCGCGCGGUGUGUUCAUCAUUCUUCCGGCGCCCCGCGCCGGCGGCGCGCUCAUCAUCAUCUCCGUGACCGCGUCUGCUCUCUCACCGGUUCGUGUCCCCACAGGCCGCGCGGCAUCCGACGACGGCUGGGCCGCGGCCGACGCCUGCGCCUGCGCCUGCGCCGAGGUCCUCGUCGCGACCACGCUACCAUCGAGACGCCGCCUGGCGGAGGCCGCGCGCGCACCGCAGGCCAUUGACGAGGACGCCCGCCGGCCGGGCGUCGACUGUACAUCGACGUCGUGCGUCGACGACGCCACCUGGUGCUACGGCUCGUGCUCGCCGAACGACUGCGCGUACGUCGCUCAAAAAUUAAAACGGUGCAAGGCGAAGAACACGGACGGCGUCCGCACCGCGCUCGAGGCCUGCCCCUUGACGUGCGGCACCUGUAGCGCGCCCCCUACGCCGACGCGCGAGCCCACGCAUCGACCCGCCCCCGAGGCGACGCCCGGACCGACCCCAGGACCGGCGCCGCGGGCCCCAUCGCCAACGCCGCACCCCACGCCUACGCCGUACCAUCCCACGCCGACGUACGCGCCGUCCGCAUCGUGCGCCGACGACCCGACGUGGUCCUACGGUACGAAGGCCUCGAACACCUGCGCCUACGUCGCCCACAAACUCAAACGCUGCAAGGCCAAGAACACGGACGGAGUGAGAACAGCACUCGAGGCCUGCCCGAAGACGUGCCGCACGUGCUGAUCCCCUAUCCCUUAUCGCAAGUAACUCGAAGACAUCACAGAAAA